UUAUUUGUUUUCUCACAUCGUUAAAAUGACGCGACGCGAAGUUAAAACAAAAAAUAAGAAAAGGAAACAACCAGCUUAUCAGCUUUGUUUAUUCAAAGCUAUACCGAGAUAAUACAGGGUUUUGCUAUAAUUUUGCUAUAAUUAGCCUUUGGCAGUUUCCAGAGAUACACGACACAUCAUAUAAAUCUAUCUCCUUUCAGGGAAAGUCCAGUGCAGAAUUCUGGGAAUAAAAUUGAAUUUAAUUUAUUUCGAAAACAAUGUUUAUCAGUUAAUUAACAACAAAGAGUACAUUGACCAUUUACUCAAUAAAAUUUGCUAUAAAUUGGGUUUAUCAGUGAAGAUUUAUUAAAGAACCAUAAAAUUAGCGACGACUCACAACAGAUUGUUUUCAAAAGAUUUCCAACCACCCAGCAGCACGCUAAGAAUACUCAUAUUUACUAGACUAUCAACUCCAACAUGUCGACUUUGAUGUUUUGGAAUAAACAGAACAACAAUAGCAAUAGCAAUGGUAAUAAUGCCCAAAAUGGUGAGGGCAAGAAUGGCAAACGAACGUGGUUACAUGGUCCUGAUGCAUUAAUGAAUGGUCAUGUUGUUUAUCUAGUCAAAUUCUUUGGAAAUACACCUGUUGAUCAGCCUAAAGGUAUUGAAGUUGUUAAAGAUGCUAUUCGAAAAUUACAAUUUGCCCAUGAAAUGAAAAAGGCGGAAAGCGGAAGUCAGGAGAAAUUCAAAAAGGUGGAAAUCACAAUUAGUGUUGAUGGUGUGGCUAUUCAAGAGCCAAGAACGCAAAAGAUCUUACAUCAAUUUCCGCUUUACAAUAUCUCGUAUUGUGCCGAUGAAAAGGGUGUGAAAAAAUUCUUUAGUUUUAUCGCGAAAAACGCCUCCAAUUCAACGCAACCGAAACCGCCUUCGGCAAAUGGAUUUCAUAAGGGCGCUAACGCUGGUAGUGGUGAUGAGAUUGCAGCGGAAGAGAAACAUGAAUGUUUUGUGUUUAUCUCGAGUAAACUGGCGUCCGAUAUCACGUUGACUAUUGGACAGGCGUUUGAUUUGGCUUACAAGAAAUACGUCAAUAGUACGGGAAAUGCGGCAACGAAGGAUCAACCUCAAAUAAGAGAAUUAGAAAAAACCGUUAGUAUCUACAGGCAACGUCUUACAGAAUUGUCCAAUAUUGUUUCGAAAGCUGAGCUUGAACGAAUGAUGAGUAGAUUGGGAAUCAAGGAUAUUCUAGAGGUUCCAAGUGAAUGUAGCAAUCCAGUAACUAAUAUUAAUAACACAAGUGAGAGCGAAAACGUUAACCUAAUUGAAACCUCCAAUAAACCGUCGUCCUUACCAAUAGUGCCACCACGUAAUCUGCAUAGUCAAAUAAGCGAUGUUUUCAAAUCUGACAACAAAAUGGGAGAAUUACUUCUUAACUCAGAUUCUGACAGUGAUUUUGAUCCUCGAGCAGAGGAACACGAUAGUAGCAAUGGCAGUGGAAGCGGAAGUGGUAGUAAAAUAAACAACGAUUUGUUUGGAUUUGAGCCACCGAAGAGCUUGGGCCAGCAAUUGUUUACGAAUAACAAUGACAAGCUUAGUAAUAAUAAUAAUUUCUUGGGAACAGAAUUCAAUGGAAGUAUCCUAAACACAAGUCCACCUCCACUGUUGGCUCCACCACCAAAAGCUGGUCCAAGAAGGAAUCCAGUUACUCCAAAUGGUCAUCAGGAUUUGUUUGGAUCAACGCCAUUUAGUGUAAAUGCACCUGAUGUAUUUGAUAGUUCUUUUAAAUCAAAAAUGGUUGAUGAUUUUUCUUUGGAAAGUUUGGAUCCUUUGAGAAACUAAAAUGCCAGGAAAUUGAAAGUUUAUUUUUUGAUGAAAAAAAAAAAUAUUAUGUGUAUGCUAAAUGAUAUUUGUAAUGUUAUUAUUAUUAUUAUAAUUAUUUUUGUUGAAAAUUGAUGUAAGUAAAGUGAUAAAGCUAUAAAUUAUACAUAAAUAUUAUGUGUUAGUAAUGAUAUUUCUUAAUGAAGUAAAUGAUUAAUAUAACAAAUUUAUAUAUAAAUAUAAUUAUUAUUAUACAACAUAUUUUUAGAAAUUAUAUUAUACCGAAAUAGAUAAAUACUUGUAAAUUAA